AUGCUCAAGAACGGCCUUGCGGCGUGCAUCGGAAGUACGGUGGUCGCGCUUCUUGCGACGUGGUUGUCCAUUAUGGAAUUCCUGCCGGGCUGGUACAAGGAGCCCCGAAUCCAAGGAGAAGGAUACAGCGGAGAGUUCAAGUUCAGUCCUUGGGCUCUCAUCUUCGGAAGCGCCACAGGUCUAUUGAUCCUGCUUCUUUGGCAGCCUCGAGGCAGCGUCUUCGUGGACAGAGUCUGCAUUCACCAAGGUGACGAAAGGCAGAAGUUCUUGGGUGUCAUUCACAUGGGGGCUUUCCUGAAGAGAUCCAGGAAGUUGGUCGUGGUGUGGGACCCGAGCUACCUCUCCAGGGCUUGGUGCAUCUUCGAGCUUGCAGCAUUUCUCCACAGUCACCGCGAUAGCGCAAAGGAGAGUCUUGUGGUCAAGCCAAUCAGCAUCGCGCCUGCGACAUUUGUUAUUCACAUCGGUGGCGUUCUGCUGCUGCUCUUUGAGCUCGUCCUGCCCGCGAAUGACACUGUCUUCGUGGCCAGGAUCGUGUACGUGUUCAUGUGGAAUGUUGUCUUCUUCUUCCUACUCAGGCGGUUUUGGCGGCACGUCGUCAUGGCCGAAGAUCAGUUUCGCAACUUCCGCUGGCAAGAUACCAGAUGUCAUUGCUGCUCGAAAGGUCACCGAUCGGAAGAUGGCAGCAAGAUAAUGUGCGACCGAACAGUUCUGGAAGAGACCAUCAAGCAGUGGUUCGGCUCGGUCCAAGCACUGGAGGAAUCCGUCCGGACAGAGGUGCGCGAGUUGUUCAUCAGACAAGUCACGGUCUUUCCCUUCGGCUAUUCGUGGAUGGUUGGGACCAAUACGUAUAUCGUUUGGGGACAGCUCGAUUCCUUUGCCGCCCGACUUCACGGCGGGGCAGACAGAUAUGCGCUUUCUGUGCUGAUUUCAACAAUUGCCUGGUGGCUCCUUGGACAAGUUUCAGAGGGUUCAGGCCCAAAGCCGUACAUGGUAGACCCCUCAAACCCCUUGAUCGCUAAACUAGGAUGCCCAGUAGUAUAUACCCUUAUUCCCUUUUUGUAG